ACUGGCUAAGCCGCCAUAACAUAAAUACAAAUCGCCCGCAUUUUCUCCUUUACCUCUCAUUCUCUCAUCCUUUUACCCCUCCCUCCCUUCAUUUUCCCUUUUCUCUCGACCCCUACAAUUCCCUUCUUUCCGCAGCAGACUUAAGUACAGGAGGAUUAGAAGAUGUUGGAGCUCAGAUUGGUGCAGGGGAGUCUGCUGAAGAAGGUCCUCGAAGCGAUCAAAGACCUCGUAAACGAUGCCAACUUCGACUGCUCGGCCACCGGAUUCUCCCUCCAGGCCAUGGAUUCCAGCCAUGUCGCUCUGGUGGCACUCCUCCUCAGAUCGGAGGGCUUCGAACACUACCGCUGCGAUCGGAAUCUCUCCAUGGGGAUGAACCUCAACAACAUGUCCAAGAUGCUAAAGUGCGCCGGUAACGACGAUAUCAUCACCAUCAAGGCCGACGACGGUAGCGACACCGUCACUUUCAUGUUCGAAAGCCCUAAUCAAGAUAAGAUUGCCGAUUUCGAGAUGAAGCUGAUGGACAUCGACAGCGAGCAUCUGGGAAUCCCCGAAGCGGAAUAUCAGGCCAUCGUUCGUAUGCCGUCAUCCGAGUUCGCAAGGAUUUGCAAGGAUCUCAGUAGCAUUGGGGAUACUGUUGUAAUCUCCGUGACGAAGGAAGGCGUGAAAUUCUCCACAAGAGGUGAUAUUGGGACUGCAAAUGUAGUUUGUCGCCAGAAUACAACUGUAGAUAAGCCAGAGGAAGCUACCGUUAUAGAGAUGCAGGAGCCAGUAUCUUUAACGUUUGCACUGAGGUACAUGAACUCCUUUACCAAGGCAACUCCAUUAUCAGGCACGGUCACCAUCAGCUUGUCUUCUGAUCUUCCCAUUGUGGUCGAAUAUAAGAUUGCUGAGAUGGGCUACAUAAGGUUCUAUUUGGCUCCCAAGAUUGAAGACGAGGAGGAAGAGAGCAAACCUUGAGAUUGAUGGAUCCGAUUCAUAAUCCCACAUAAUCUGUUCUUUUAAUCUUUUCUUGAUCCUCCAUUGAGUAUGUUCUUUCAUUUUAAUUGAAGGUUGUUCUCUGUCAACAAUCUUCUAACAGUUGCUAGGAUUUUAACAAUUUUUACUAGUGCAUGUAGUUGUUUACCAAUCUUGUAAGUUAGGUGGGUUAAAUGUUUGUGGAUUUCCAAAUAUUGAUUUUAACAAUCAAUCGUUGAUAAUCUGUUACCAAUAGAUUAGAAUAAUACAUGGAGUGAAUUCAUUUAGUUUGAA